AUGUAUGGUUCGUCUCCCUUUAUAGCAAUUUUAUUUAUUUUAGGUUUUUUUUACAAAUAUGCUAUUGUUAAUAAUAUUUAUCUUCAUCAAUGUUUUCAAAGUGACAACAGUGUGUGGAGUGAAAUGCACUUCAGUUGGUGAUUGUGCGUGUGAACUAUCAGAUGGUAGUGGGACUAUUGACUUGAGUCCUCUUAAAAAAUUUGGUAAUGCACCUCUAUAUAAGAAUAUACCGGACUCCACCAAUCCAGGUAUUAAGUAUGAUUUUGAUCCUUGUCGCCAGUUUGCAUGUGGAACGUCUGGAAACACAAGGGUGUGCGGUUACGUGGUUAGCCAGACUUUAAAGAUUGGCAAUGACAUCUCCUUCGAAUAUGAUGAAAAAGCGAAGAUUGUCAGUUUCGUGUAUUCGCAAGUGGACCAACAGAUUAAUUUCAAGACGAGCGUCCAAAUGCAUUGCGAACAAGCAAAAACUGGUAAAGGAGAGAUAACUGAUUUCACGGAAGGUAAACAAGCAUCGAAUUUUUAUGCGAACUUAGAUUCAACGUAUGCUUGCCCAGUACCUAGCACACAUAAUCAUCCAGGCGAACUAAGCACUGGAACAGUUUUGUGUAUAAUACUUCUUGUAAUCAUAUUUCUCUAUGUUGUUAUUGGUGUAAUUGUAAAUAAAUACAUUCGAAAAUUAGAAGGUGAAGAAGUCUUCUUAAAUAUAAAGUUUUGGAAGGAUUUUCCAUCUCUUGUAAAGGAUGGUUUCGUGUUUACCAAAAAUAAGGUAUGCAAAUCAAAAGGCGAAUACGAAGAAAUUUAGAUUUAGACACAAUAUAAAAUUUAAAAUCAUUAUUUGUUGCACUUCCUUCAGCGUGUGGUUUUGUUGCAACUUAUGUUAUUUUAUAACCUGUGCCGUGCUGAGCCCAACUCAAUAAAAACUUGAACAACACGACAAGGAUACAUCUUUGACUGAUGUCUGACUACAAAAAAAUAAUAAAUCCUAUCAACCUACAAGAAUACACGCCUUAUUCCUUCUCCUGCCCUGUAGCCACGUUGGACUGGCAGUUGUUUACUGGCUGCUCUUUUAAAAGACUUGAACCUACCGUCGCUUAUUAAAGGAAACAUGCUUUUAUGUUCUAAGGGUGUGGCUCGGUCCGGUGCAGCAUGCAAUAACUGUUCUGCGUUAUAUUUCCAAGAAAUUAAACAAUUGUUAAUCAUCUGUAUUCGUUGCAAGCAAAAUCAUAAAAAUACUGAAGGCUUAGAAUUAUUAUUCACAUAAGGAUGAAGUAGAACCUAAUGUAAAUCAAUUUUGUAUAUUUUUAAAUAUAUAUUUUGUAUAUUUAGUAUGCAUUUUCUAUUUUUUUUUUUUUUUUUAAUGAUUUAUAAUGUAGAAUUAUUUUAUGUGCAGUAAUUUCUUCUGCGUUAUAAGGACACUUAGUAUAAAAGAUUUUAGGAUUAUAAU